CGCCACCGAGCCGACCCAACCGGCAGCCUCGCUUAAAUACGGGGGGGACUUGAACUCCGGCUCGCUCGGCUUGGCUCAGAUCCACUUCACAUCUCAGGUUUCCAGUCUCCAAAAUGUGGCGGUCCGUGGUAUCUCUGUGUCUCCUGGUGGUCCUUACGGGUGCUCGCAAUGUCCCCAUCUUCCCCCCGCUCUCUCACGACAUGGUCAACUACAUCAAUAAGUUGAACACUACCUGGCAGGCUGGGCACAACUUCCACAAUGUGGACCUGAGCUAUGUGAAAAAGCUGUGUGGCACAUUCCUGCAUGGCCCCAAACUACCAGAAAGGAUUGGAUUUUCCGACGACCUGGUCUUGCCUGACAGCUUCGACUCGCGGCAGCAGUGGCCAAAGUGUCCGACCAUCGGUGAGAUCAGAGACCAGGGAUCUUGUGGUUCCUGCUGGGCGUUUGGUGCCGUAGAGGCCAUUUCAGACCGGGUUUGCAUCCACACCAACACCAAAGUGAAUGUGGAGAUCUCUGCCGAAGACCUGCUCUCUUGCUGCGGCUUUGAAUGUGGAAUGGGGUGCAACGGAGGCUAUCCUUCAGCCGCCUGGAGAUAUUGGACGGAGAAAGGCCUGGUGUCUGGCGGGCUUUACGACUCCCACGUGGGCUGCAGGCCGUACUCUAUCCCUCCUUGCGAGCACCACACCAAUGGAACCCGACCCCCCUGCACCGGGGAAACGGGCAAAACCCCAGAGUGCACAAAAAAAUGCGAAGACGGCUACUCUCCAUCCUACAAGGAGGACAAGCACUACGGUGUGACUUCCUACGGUGUGCCUCCCAACGAGGAUAUGAUAAAGGCUGAAAUUUACAAGAACGGGCCGGUGGAAGCAGCUUUCGUCGUUUACUCAGACUUCCUAAUGUACAAGUCGGGCGUCUAUCAACACGUCUCUGGAGAGGAAGUUGGGGGCCACGCGAUUCGAAUCCUCGGCUGGGGCGUCGACAAUGGCACCCCCUACUGGCUGGCUGCAAACUCCUGGAACACAGACUGGGGUGACAAUGGCUAUUUCAGAAUUCUCCGCGGGGAGGACCACUGUGGAAUCGAAUCCGAGAUAGUCGCUGGCAUCCCUCGGACCAGCCAGUACUGGAAGCAGCUGUAAGACUGCUUUUCUUGAAUCCAGCCAGUUAGCCCUUCUGCAAAUAAUCAGUUGAUCGUACCUGUGGA